AUGGAAGCUGUUUCCAACAACGAUCCAUGGUUCACUACCAACAUUGAUGCAACCGGUAAAAAAGGUCUAAGUGCUUUACAAAAGUGUACUGCAGCUCUUCGUAUGCUAGCAUACGAGGUGGUUGCUGAUCAAGUUGAUGAGUACCUCCGAAUUAGCGAAAGCACAACACGAAAAGCACUCACUCAUUUCACAAAGGGAAUAAUUAGCCAAUUUGGGCAGCAUUGUUUGAGAAAACCAACACCACAAGAUUUGACGAGAUUAUUGGCCUUUAGUGAAGAACGAGGAUUGCCUGUCAUGAUUGGUAGUGUUGAUUGCAUGCAUUGUUCAUAUAAUGAUCUCAACUUGCUAUAUCCAUCACCUCUUUUAGUUGAUUUGUUUGAAGAAAGGGCACCACCUGUCAACUUCACGGUGAAUGGAAAUCAAUAA